CCUCCUUCUGGUCCUUUCCGUCUUUGCGCGGUUCGCAACAUUUUAGGUUAGUAAACAAACAGUAAAAUCAAAUUACAAAAUAAUAUUUACAACUACUUGAAAGUCUUGAACAGUGAAGUGUAAAAACAGUCAAAAUGCUUAUAGAUAAUCUUCAAACUCGUAAGUUAAAUAUAAUAUAACAUUGUAUCUAUUGUCUAAUAAAUAAUAUAAUUGCUGGUCACAGUUAUUCUGGGCUUUCGGCUCUAGGAGUUUUACCCCUCGGCCAGGAUACAGGAAAAUUGAUUUAAAUAAAGAAUAUUUACAGUUUACACCAUUAGCCUUCUUUAGUAGUUAUCACAGAGUAAUAAUAAUAAUAGGUACCAAUAGUUCUUUCUGGAAGUUGUAAAAACGUUUAGUGGUCAAUUGUAAUAUACUUAAAUGAAAUAAUUGAAUAGGUACUUUUAUUAGCAUUUUAUUAUAUAAGAUUUAUUUAUAUUCACCAUGACUUUAGAUACUGUCACAGUGAUGGAACCAAUGACCAAUGAAGAAGUUGGAAUGAAACGAAAAAAGAAACAAAAUAAUGAUGGAAGCAAAAGAAUUAAACCUCCUACGGCUGAGGAGCUAAAUAAACUUCGGGAGACAGAAAACCUUUUCUUAUCAAAUAUGUUUCGUCUACAAAUAGACGAAAUGUUAAAAGAAGUGAAACCAAAGCAAUCUACAAUGGACAAAAUCAAUGAAUGGUUUGACAAGUUUACAGUAGCUUUGGUACAAGAUAUGGACACAUCCUGUUACAAAAAAGUAUAUUUAUUUAGUUGUAUUAUUUUAUGCUUUUAUUUUUCUAAAUUAUUAAAAUUAUUUGACCAUACUUAUUUGGUAUUGAGCAGAGAAAGAAAUGUAUUGGUUGAACUCAAUGCUUGAAUUCGAAAAAUAAUAUUAGAGUUUCUUCUGAGUAAAAUCAAAAAAUUAAAAAAAAAAAAUCAGUAUUCCAUCUCCCUGCUCCCUGUUAAUUCAACAAUUUACUGUACUUUUUUGUUUUUUCUCUGUGCAAACACAAUUUUGCACAAAUCAGUAUCAUUCAUCAGAAAUAAUUAAAGAGCUCUGUAAUAUUCACCUAAUACUUAAAUAUUUGUUAUAUUUGGUAUUAUUUUUAAAUUGAUUAUAAGUACUUAUUUGAAAAUCGUUACAUAGAAAGGUAUUUACAUCAUUGUUCCAAAAUUUGAUAAAAGAUUUUCUUUUCAAGAUGUGGAUAUGUAAAUAUAAAAAUAUUGAUUUAAACACAAUUUGUUUUUAUAAUUAGUCAUUUUGACAAAACAGAUAAAAAUUAUAAACUAUUUUAUAGUUAACUAAUACAAAUUUAGGUACUUUCCUAUUAUUUCGACUACCUAACCUGCUAUAAUCAAUCCUGUUAUCCAGACUACUGCAUUUUGAUAAUAAAUUAAUUUGAGACAUGAUUUGAAUAAAUAAGUAAACAUUCAUUUAGGAACACAUAUUAUAUUAUAUUUUUAAACAAAAUUAAAAAAAUAAUAAAUUGUAGAAGAUAUUAAAAUUGUUAAUAAUUAAUAUUAUGAAUUUUUGUGGAGGGAAGUACUUUGCUGUCCUAACAAAUAAAUAAAACUGAAAAAAAUUGUGUAGCAUCUGUUAAAAUUGUAAAUAAUUAUAAUAUUCAAUAUUUCUAAACUUAAGAUCAAAUUGAAAAUCAAAUCCAAUUGUUUAUUUAUUUAUUUAAUAUGAUACAGAUUACAAUGCAGGAAUUUCCAUGUUAUCUUAAAUUACACAUUGAAUUUAUUUAUUUUAAUUUAAUACAUUUAUAUUUAUUUUUAAAUCAAAUUGUAUUUACGCGGUAGUUAACAUUUAUAUUUAUAUUCAUAGUUGAUUUUAGUUAACCAACCAUAUACUAGGUGUUGUUGGAAAUAUAUAUAUUGGUAGUUGAGAUAACAUGAUUGAUUAUAGCAGGGGUAGUCUUGGAAAUAUAUAUAUUGGUAGUCGGGAUAAACAGAAAUUAUGCCUCAAAUUAUCAAAGAAUGAGCCCACCUAGAAUAAUAUUAUCUUUGAAAUGAUUUAUUAUUAUCUCGCCUACCGCAAAUAAAAAGAUCAUAUCUCGCUUUUUAUAAAAUAUUUACUUAAUACUACUAAAAAGUUUAAAAAAAAAAAAAUGUUAGACCGGUUCAAGUCCCAAAUAUUACAAUGCUAAAACGUUAAAAAAAGUGAUAUACACAACUUUACUUUGUGACGGACAAUACUCAGGAUUUUAACUAAAUUACCCUAUAUGUCUUAACUUAAAUAAUUUCUCAUAAUGGCUAAUGAGUCUUUUGAAAAUGAUACUUAAUAUAUUUGUUUAUAGGAGUUUUUAUCCAAUGUUAAUAUAUCUGAAAUAUGUGCACCAUUCCAUCUGAACCCUCUAAAUAAUAUAGAUGGGACAUUUCGUUUUACUAAGCCAUGUUCUACAAAAAUUGUUGGUUCAUAUUCUAUAGGAACAUCGUUAAUGCCAUUACUUAAAGUUGAUGUUUCAAUUAUAAUGGGAAAAGUAAGUAUCAUAUUAAAGUAAAAUGUGUAAUUAGUCAAUGUUGAAUAUUUUUAUACUUUUACAAUUUUUCAGUCAUUUUUUAAUAAGAAAGACUAUUCCGAUGAAAAAUAUUUACGUAAAAAAGCCUUUUACUUACACUGCCUUGCUAAAGAACUUAUUAAAGUACCACAAUUAAUUGACAAUGAUGUUCAAUUUUCUCAUGAUGGUCAUUCAUAUUAUUCACCAGCACUUAUUGUAAAACCAGCUGAUAGUUUAGGUAAAAAAUGUUGUUUCUGUCUAAGAGUUGUUCCUGAAAGCAAUAUUUAUAGUUUAAAUAAAUUUUCUCCAAGCAACAACAAUAUUGAUCCACAGUGGUAUUUUAAUAGUAGUUUAAAAAAUGGUAAAUUGUUUAUUUCUUUAAUUUACUUAUUAGACAAAAUAAAUUAUAAUUUUGUUUAAAAUAUAGAUUCAAACAAUUACUCUACGCCUUAUUACAAUUCACUCAUAUUACAAGAUUUGGUAAUUGAUGAAAAUACAGUUUUACUUAAAGAAAUUGUGGAUGCCAAUCAAAAUGUUCAAGAUGCUUUGAUUUUGUUAAAAAUAUGGUUAAAACAAAAAAGUCUUGGGGUAAUACCAAUACUUAUUUUUGAUUUACAAUAUUAUAAGUAAUUUUUAAAAUUUUGAUUUUAGGGAAUUGGAAAUAUUACAAACUUUAUAUUAUUCAUGUAUGUGGUGUACUUAUUUAAGAACCAUAAAGUAAAUAAAUUUAUGAGUAGCUAUCAAAUUAUUCGGAAUGUUUGGCUAAAUUUUGGUAUGCUAUUUUCUUAUACAAUUUUCUUUUUAUUAUAAUCAUUGAGAAUAUUAUUGUACUUUUUAGGACAAAGCGAUUGGCUUAAUGAUGGCAUUACAUUAGUGGAUAGUGAUAGUAAAAAGGAUGUCAAAUUACCAAUAAUAUCUGAUUUUCAUUCAGCAUUUCAAGUUGUAUUUGUUGAUUCAUCUGGUUACUUGAACUUAUGUGCUAAUGUUUUUAAAUCCAACUAUAUUCAUGUAAGUCAAAUUUGUAAUUAAUGUCUGAAUUUUUAUCAUUUAUCAAGUAAAUAUUUUUUUUUACAGAUAAAAAAUGAAUGUAAUUUUGCUGUCGAAAUGUUAGAUAACUCAAAAAUGAAUUCAUUCUCAUGUUUGUUUUUAACCAAAGCUUCUUUUCUUCAGCAGUUUGAUCAUUAUAUCAAGUAAUUAUAUCGUUUUACAUAUUUUCUAGUUUUAAACAUUAUUGAAUAGUAUUAUACCAAUUAUGUUCAAUAUAAAAAAUACUAUUUUAUAAUUUUAUAGACUUCUUUUAUUAUUUUUAUUUGUGUUGUUUUCAUCAAAUUGUAAGCAAUUUUCAAAAAAAAAAAUAUUUUAUUGCUUCAAAAGUUAAGUUAUAUAAAUGUUUGAAUAAUACGCAAUAGUGUCCAUGAGUAAUAUUUACAUACAUUUUUUCAUAAUACUGUAUACUAAUAUUCUAUUAAACUAUCUAAAUAUUUACUAUAUAUUUUUUUUUUUUUAGUUUUAAUGACAUCAAUGUUAUACAAAGUAUAGUUAAUCAGCACAGCAGUAAAAAACUAAAAUUAGACUAUAGAGAGGAUUUGGCAUUACAAUUUCAGAAAAUCAUCGAACCAUUAUUGAUUUUUAGUCUUGGUGAUCGAAUUAGUGACAUGUGUUUUAAUAUUUUUCAAAAAUCUGUUGAUAUAAAAAAAAUUGAAGAACCGUGUAGUAAUUUUUUAAUUGGUCUAAAGUUAAAUUCAUUAAAAGCAAAUUCAGUUGUUGAACGUGGUCCAACUGCAAAUUUACCUGAGGUAAUUUUUUAGAUUUGUUUACUUUAAUUAGCAUUAUUAUAAUUAAUCUAAUUAAUUUUGUUAUUGUAGGCUAAAGAAUUUCGUUCAUUUUGGGGAGAGAAAUCUCAAUUGAGACGUUUUAAAGAUGGAGAAGUUUGUGAAGCAGUUGUUUGGGCCGAAAGCAAAUCAGCUUUAAGCAAAAAACGUUGUGUAACAAGAGAUAUUGUGCAAUAUGUAUUUUCACAUAAAUUAUCAAUAUCCCCAGAAAAGUUUAUUUAUAUUGCUGAUCAAGCAGAAACAGUUUUACAAAAUCCUUUUGUAAGUUUACAAGUAUCAAAUUUAUAACUCAUAUUACAAAAUACAUUGUGUACUGGUCAAAUAGAUAAUUAAGUUCAAAAUAUGAUUUCUAAGUAUUAAUAUAUUUAAAAUUAUAUUGAUUUUUUUUAUUAACAAUAAUACUAAUUAUAUAAAUGUAUGUUAAGAAUUACAAUAUUACAUUCUUUAUAUUAUUAGAAACUCAAUAAUAAUUAAUGUUAGACUUCUAUGUUAUUAUGGUUAAUACAAUAAUCUGUUCAAAAUAUAUUAUUAAUUUAUUAUAUAAAAAAUCAAAUUUACUACAUUUAUUUCUAUAAGUUGUUUAUUAUUUAAUAAUUAAUAAUUUUAGAUAUUACCAAUUGGUUUUGAUUAUGGUACUGGAGAAGGAGCAAGUUUAUGUUGUAUUGAUAGUUUUAAUGAAGUGGGUAAAACAAUUAGGCAGCUUGAAGGGUUGCCUUUAACUGUGAAUUCUGUUCAAGGAAUAUCACCUGUAUUGAGAUAUACUGACGUUAUUCCACCGUUGUCUAGAACUCACAUGGAUAGUAAAAAAAAGAAGAAUACUAAAGGGAAUUGUAUAUUAGCACCUACAGAAGAUGAAAUAAAAAUAGCACUUGGUUUUAUUGAACCAAUUGAAGGUAUAUACUUUAUAGAUUCUUAUAAUUUUAUUGUUUUUUUCAAUUUUUUGGAAUUUAGGUGUAUUACAAUUUGCAUCCAGUGGAAAAUGGCCCAAUGAAUUAAACGCAGUCAAAAGAAUGAUAACAGCAUUUUAUAUUAAUCUAGCUGCAAGGUUAAAUAAGGAAUGUCAUUUAAUUGCUCAACCUUUUAUAAAUCAUAUAGAUAUUAUGAAAGUAUGUUUUAGAAUCUAAAUUAAUCGAGAAUAUUAUUUUGUAAACAAAUUAUAAUUUUUCUUUUAGAAUGGUUUUGUAUUUCGAUUUCGUAUUUAUUAUCCUGGGCAAAUAUCGUUGCUUAAAAAAGAAGUUUUGCCUGAUGGUAUGAUAAGAUAUAGAGAUACUGAAGAGUCUUUGAUUUUAGAACGAUCCAUGAUCCAGUUACCUACAUUAACAAGUUCAAUACAUGGGUAAUUAAAACGUUUCUUUUAAAUGUAUAUUUACGUAUAAUCUUAAAUAAUUUAUUUUCAGACUUCAUAUGCAGUAUCCAUCAUACGGACCAACUUGCUGUUUAGCUAAGCGAUGGCUUAGAAGCCAGUUAAUUGAUAACUCUCAUUUCCCAGAUAUAUGUGUUGAAUUAAUUGUGGCUAGCUACUAUCUACAGCCAGAGCCAUUCAAAGUAACUUCUCAACCAACUAUUGGUUUACUACACUUCUUGCGAAAAUUAUCUUCAACUGAUUGGUUUAGAGAAUUUAUCAUUAUUAAUUUCAACAAUGACAUUUCAAGUACUUAACUAAUUGUGCAUUUAAUUAUUCAAUUGAUUUAAUCAUUCAAACGAGAUUUAAAUAUUUUUUGUUUAUUUUUUAAUUUGCAGAAGAUCACAUUUCAACAUUAGAAUGCACUAUUGCUAGUCAACAAGAUUAUUCUUCAAGACCUGCUAUGUUGUUAGUUACACCUUAUGACUUGGAUGGUACCUCAUGGACAAAAGAAGCACCUACAUUCACAAUACUUGCUCGUCUUAUGCAUUUGUCCAGAAAUGCUUUAUCCACAGCUGAAGAAAGUUUAUUAAAUGAUGGCUCAGUAGAAAACUUAAAAGUAAGUAAAUAUAUAUUAUGUAUGUAAAAAAAAAAACUAUACAUAACAUGGUAGAGCAGUCAUACCAAAUUACCAAUUAAUAAUAUUGCUAAGCUAUUACUUCUAUCUUAAGUUAAUUAAGUAGUUUAGCGAUGAAUUUAUCAUAUCUCAAUUAUAAUUAUUAAUGUGUUCUCAUUAAUUGUUGAGACAUAAUAGCUUAAAGUUAAAAUCACUCAAAUUAGUGACUCAUAGUAACAAUGGGGAAAAAAAAUGUAUUACAAUUUUGGUUUUUUUUUUUUUUUUAGCAAAUAUUUAGACCAUCGUUACAUGAAUAUGAUAUAAUAAUAACACUGAAGAAUAUAAUGAACCCACUUAGACAUAUGGCUAUUGAUGCUAAAAUGGCUAAAGUUUAUACAUUAGAACCACCUAAUGAUGAAGAAAAAAUUCCAAUAGUUGGGUUAAAUCCAGUUCAAGAGUUAUUAAAUAUACUUAGGGUAUUGAACAUUUAAUAAAAGAUUAUACCAAUUAUUUUAGUUUAAAUUUAAACAAAUAUUAUAAAUCUAUUUUCAGGAUUGUUAUUCUAAGUAUGCAUUAUUUUUCCACGAUACAUACGGUGGCAAUGUAAUUGGAAUUGUAUUUAAACCUGAUGUAUUCAAUGCAACUGAUUUUAAAGUAAAUACUACUCAGUACAUAUUUUUGUAUACUUAUAAGUUAUAAUAUAUAAAAAAAGUUAACAAUUUGUAUUUUCUUUAUUUUGUUGUAGGUAACUAAUGUCAAUGGACAAAAAUUAGUAAAGUCUUUAAAUAGUAGAAAACAGGUAGAGUUCAAUUUAGAUGCAUUCAUUGAAGAUAUUCAUGUACAUGGUGGUUUUAUUGUGAAAGAAAUUGAAAAAUGUAACAAAUCACUGUUCUGAUAGAUCAAUUUAUAUCUAAUUAAACAAUUGUUGUACUAACAUGUAUUUGAUUUAAUUAAACAAAAUUUUUUACAUCUCAAC